AUUCCAAAUUGUUUACCACGGCUAUCGAAAAAUCAAAAUCGUUACCCACAAAACGCGCGUUCCGUUCGAAAUUUUGCAAUUUCAUCAGUUUUUAAUAUUUCUUUGUGCUGAUUCGGAGCAUUCUUUCCACCUCGAUCUGCAAUCCGAAUAAUGCAAAUGGACCCGAAAAAGAAUGGCACUUCCAAGAAGCGACAGUUGGUUAUAUCGCUUCGUAAGCAGGUAGACGAACUUAAAUCGGAAUGGAUGCGGUUGGAAGGGGACCGCAUUCAGCUGGCAGUUCGCCACACGGAUUUGAUGUGCCACUGGAAUUCAAUUUCGGGCACCUAUGCCGGUGCCUUGCGGCAUAGGAACGAAACAAUUCAACGGCUACUGAAGGAAGCUGGCAUCACUGAUCCGUCGGCGAGCGAGCAGAAUUUGAUCAAUGAAAAGGACCUGCGGGAUGUGGCUUUCCAGACGACCGAUAAGGGCGAACAAACGGAACUCUGGUGAUAUGGCUGUUUGCGAUUGGCGUUUUCAAAUGGAUAUAUUCGU